CCAAGAGUGUCAAUAAAGGUUGUAUUUGAAGCCAGCCAGGAUGGCGGACUACGAUUUGACAACCAAGAUAGCGCAUUUUCUGGACCGGCAUUUGGUCUUUCCUCUGCUGGAGUUCCUGUCAGUGAAAGAGAUCUACAAUGAGAAGGAACUCCUCCAGGGAAAGCUGGACCUCCUCAGCGAGACAAACAUGGUGGACUUCGCCAUGGAUGUGUACAAAAACCUGUACGCAGACAAGGAAAUCCCACACUCUCUGAGGGAGAAGAGGAGUUCUGUGGUGGCCCAACUAAAGCAGCUGCAGUCAGAGACGGAGCCGAUUGUCAAGAUGUUUGAAGACCCAGAGACCACUCGGCAGAUGCAGUCCACACGAGAUGGGAGGAUGCUCUUCGACUAUCUUUCAGAGAAACACAAUUUCCGACAAGAAUACCUGGACACACUGUACAGGUACGCCAAAUUCCAGUACGAGUGCGGGAACUACUCCGGAGCUGCAGAGUACCUCUACUUCUUCCGUGUCCUGGUUCCCUCCACAGACAGGAAUGCUCUGAGCUCUCUGUGGGGGAAGCUGGCCUCUGAGAUCCUGAUGCAGAACUGGGAAGCAGCCAUGGAGGAUCUGACUCGACUGAGGGAGACUAUUGAUAACAAUUCUGUGAGCUCUCCUCUGCAGUCCCUGCAGCAGAGGACCUGGCUCAUCCACUGGUCCCUCUUCGUGUUCUUCAACCAUCCCAAAGGCCGGGACAACAUCAUCGAGCUCUUCCUCUAUCAGCCUCAGUACCUGAAUGCCAUCCAAACAAUGUGCCCACACAUCCUGCGGUACCUUACGACGGCUGUCAUCACCAACAAAGACGUGCGGAAGCGAAGGCAAGUGCUCAAGGACUUGGUGAAGGUCAUUCAACAGGAGUCAUACACAUACAAGGACCCAAUCACGGAGUUUGUAGAGUGUCUCUACGUCAACUUCGACUUUGACAGCGCCCAGAAGAAGCUGAGGGAGUGUGAGUCGGUUCUUGUGAACGACUUCUUCCUGGUCGCUUGCCUCGAGGAUUUCAUCGAGAACGCCCGCCUCUUCAUCUUUGAGACCUUCUGUAGGAUUCAUCAGUGCAUCAGCAUCAACAUGCUGGCAGACAAGCUCAACAUGACGCCGGAGGAGGCGGAGAGGUGGAUCGUCAACCUCAUCCGUAAUGCCAGGCUUGAUGCCAAGAUUGACUCCAAACUGGGUCAUGUGGUGAUGGGCAACAACGCGGUGUCUCCGUACCAGCAGGUGAUCGAAAAGACCAAGAGCCUGUCCUUCCGCAGCCAGAUGCUGGCGAUGAACAUAGAGAAGAAGGUCGCCCAUAGCAACAGGAAUGAGACACCAAACUGGGCUGCUCAAGACUCUGGCUUCUAUUAAAAUGGAAAUCGCCUUCAAGAUGAUGCAGAUGGCUCUUGGGGAUAUAUCAUUUAGGCUUUUUAUUGAAUUCAUUUAUUUAUGAGCUUAGUAUUUAUCGUUAUUUAACUGGCAGCUUAACCUCUGCAGUAAGAAAAAAAGAGCAUUGUGUUCUCUUCCUCAUAAAUUAAAUCUGGUUUUAUUCAUAAAUUAUUUACACAAACUUUGGAAUUAACCAAUGUCAUAAGUUAUUAUUAAACAUUUUGCCUCUU